AUUUCGGUCAGACGCCAAAACAACAAAUCACGUCGGCGUACUGCAUCCGCUGGAACUUUGAACCCACGCAGCUAGCCUGUUCUCACUGUGAUGCGAUGGUGGCAUUACUCAAGAGGCACCUUGUCUGCUUUUAUUGCGGGUCUCGAUCCGCUCAAAAACAAAAUGGCUCUGUGUCUUGCUGGCAAUGUGAAAAGUGUGAAGCGGUAAACUAUCUCGAUAAUGAAGGGAAUAUAAUGGACCCACCAGCUUCGAGCGCUGUGCCGCCACUUCGAUUCGCACACACUCUCCAUCAAGCACCGAGCCUGCCUUCGGGCGAUAAACAGGAGAAGAUUUUAUUCUGCUCGACAUGCAUCAAAAACCAGCAGCUCUUGACGCAAGCACUUGCUGAAUAUUUACCACCAUUUGACGAUCCACAAUACCCUGCUUUCGAAGCUUCCUACGACCAGUACCGCCGGAACCUAGAAGAACAAUUUCCGCAAGUAUGCGCCCGAUGCGAACCCUUGGUGCGAUCGCGAAUCAACGCAGCAGGCUAUGCAGCAAAGACGGACCACCUACGGCGGAUGAUUGAUCGCACGAAAGUAUCUGGGGGAGUGAAACGAACGAGCACAGUCAUGGGCUGGAGGGAUGUUGUGCUUGCGGCUGGAGCAUUCUGGUGGUGGACUAGUCUGACUGGUCAAUUAUUAUGGAAUGCAAGCGGCGCGUUCCCACGGGCUGGGUUAGAUGAUGGAUUGCGCUCAGAAGAAGGAGUCGCUGCACCUAUUGUUCUCUGUGCGUGGCAAGCAUGGACGGAGAAGGAACUGGCUCAGGCAUGUUUUACUGGGAUGUCAUCAAUUGCUGGGUAUUCCCUUCUUCUCAAUGUCGCGUCGCUUUGGUGGAAUAAAUGUUUGAAACAGAAGGUGCACGGCGCUCAAGGCCGGAUGGUUGGGCUUGAUGACUACUACAAGCUGCAAAUAGUUACGCUACUAGUAAGAUUAAUCGCAUGGUGGGCGCUCCAGAGCCUGGACGUGGGCCUCGACGUCCAGGGAGCGGUCCGAGGUGCCCACUGUUUUCUGCUUCUUUUCAACAUUUUGACGGCCGUCAUCUCUUUCCGGACUGUGAAGGUGGUCAGCUUGCCACCGGUGUUUACACAACACUCGCAGGAGGAGCUACUCAGGCCAGAGUCAUCGAAUGCCCGACCAGGCAGCCCCUUUGCUCUACCAUCAGAGGGAGAAAAGGGUUCCAGUGUCGUUACCCCACGUUUUCCUAUCAGCCAGCUCGGUCAACCACGAGAGCCUCAGCAAAACGAUCUGUUCGCCACGGACGUUCCAAUACCGCCACCCGAUGAUGACGCUGAUGCAAUGGACUGGACACCUUCGCAAGAAGCUUUCAAACCGAACCCUUCUCGACGACUUUCUACGCAAACUGCGGCUCCAACACCUUCCCCAUUUCAUGGAACUUUGCCUCCUGCGCCAAUGAGCGCUGCGCAAAGAUUACGCGUCUCAAACGCUCCGAUUCAAUCAUCGUUUAAAAAGACUUCACCGGAACGACAGCAAAACUUUUUCAACGCCAUAACCGGGCGUUCAGCUGAAAAUGAGCAUGAAAAAGAACGAAUGCCAAAGGGCAAAGAUAAAGGUCAAAUCGAACUUGCUCAACCCAAGUUUUUCCCUGCCUCGGAUUUUUCUGCCGAUACCGGACUUGAGGGUCUAUUCAAUGCCGCUUUCUCCCUCAAAGAUGAGCCACAUGAGGUCACUGCAUUCCGUGCUCAACAGGAGCGUGCUCAACACCAACAGCAAACCACAGGCAUUACUACAUCCCCGCAAGUACUGGGAUGUUGUUUCCUUGGGGUCUCGCUACUUGCUUGGAAGCUCGCCGGCCUUAUUCCUCUCCUAAGCGUUCAGCUUCGCCUUUCAUCCCUUACUAUCGCUAUUGGCUCCUCGGUGAGAACUUUUUAUCAAGGGCUGCAAGGAUACCGCGGCAGAACUAGCCCAACGGACUUGGGCCUUUCAGGCGUCGAAUUUCUCUGUACCUUGUUUCUCGCCAAUGCAGUUGUCACUUAUCAAAGUCACACGGAAAUGAUUGAAAUUGGCGGAACGAUACUGCUGGGAUGCAUGCUUUUGCAUGGAAUCUGGAUGCUUUCUUCGCUGCAGACGGCCCCUCCUCUCUCAGUCUCGCACAUUGAUGAGGCUGCUGAACAAACUGCUGCCCAAAAGCCUUGGCAUGCUGUGCCACAGUCUCAAAACGUACUGGGGCAAGCCCUUGAGGAAGCGCUGAAUCAGCGACACGCUUCCGCCACCCCGUCCGACACCCCUUCGAGCCACGCAAUUGAUGGCUACAAUGACUCCGAAAUCGGUAGCCCAGUUUCAUCCUCUGCGUUCUCAUCUUACGAAAAUACACCAGUGCAGCAUAAUCAGCACCAUCUACAACAGACAUUCUCCCCGUCACCUUUAUUAUCCUCCACGACAUCUGCCAGAUACGGCCAUUACAACCAAAAUGGCACCCUGCAAGGCAAUGCUGCACCACAUCUCGUCAUGACUCGCUCCCGUGCUCUCAGGUCGCAAGAGCCUGAGGUUGGGCCAGCGCCAGGAUUACAAGGACUCUCAGGUCUUUCAAUAUCUUCUGGGGCAUCCCCGUCAAAGCGAAGACUGUCAAACGAAGCAGAUGGCGGCUUUGGCUUGCUUGGAAGAGCGACAUCUCCAGUUCGCCGUGUGAACCUGCAAUCACAGGAUUAUCAUCCAGGCUUUGAACCUGAUUAUUACUCGGAUCGCGCGGCUUCACCUACUCCUUCAAUUGCUUCGACUGUGUCAACAGCAUAUCCUGUUAGUCCAUAUCUCGGUGCAAGAGAUCGAGAAGCCUCUGUUCCUGCCAUGACACCAGGAAGAAUGACUCGAUCUUCAUCUAGACGCGCCUUGGGGAGAUUUUGAUUGCUACAUUGGCAGCAUUUUACACAGCGUUUUAUAUUCUUGAUGUCAUUGACUUUGAAUCCCCCUUAUUUUUCGUUUUUCUUUUUCUUUUUCUUUUUCUAAUCAGCAUAUAGGCACGGAGUCUUUCCUUUACGAAUUAGUCAAGAUUUUUGGUAUCUAUUCUUGAUCUGAAGCGUUCAAUGUAAUGUCAAUUAUGGCGUAUAUUCCCGGGUGAUACGGCAAUGUUUCAUGUUAUUUAUGUCUUAUUCAUAUGAGCAUCAGGAGCAGCGGAGAAAGAUGAAGCAGCACGGCAAG